AUGGCUCCCCAGGGCCCCGGCCCCUGGCAGCCCCUGCUGACCGAGGCCCUAGCCCAGGGCCCCACCAUGCAGCUGCUCCUAUUCCUCGUGCUCCUGAGGCCUGCCCACCCCCAGGGCCUGCCCCAGAUGCAGGGGGUUACCCCGCCGGGAGGAGGUUGGUCCGGGGAAGAUGACCUACCGGGCCAGGAGGACCUUGCCAGUGAAGAGGACCCACCCGGACAGGAGGAGGCAGCUGGAGAGGAAGGGCCACCUGAGGCUGAGACUCAUUCAGGUGAAGAGGACUCUCUGAGGUUAGAGGACCUACGCACGGAGGCUCCCAGGAACACUCCGGGUCCCGAAAACCAUGCCCACAGGGGAAGAAAAGGGGAAGACCACAGUCAUUGGCGCUACAGAGGCGACCCGCCCUGGCCCCAGGUGUUCCCAGCCUGCGCAGGUCGCUUCCAGUCCCCGGUAGAUAUCCGUCCGGAGCUCGCCGCGUUUUGCCCAGCCCUGCGACCCGUGGAACUCCUGGGCUUCGUGCUACCGCCCCUCCCGGAACUGCACCUGCAAAACAACGGCCACACUGUGCAGCUCACGCUCCCUCCCGGGCUGGAGAUGGCCUUGAGUCCCGGGCAGGAGUACCGAGCCCUGCAGCUGCAUCUGCACUGGGGGGCCGCGGGUCGCCCGGGCUCAGAGCACACCGUGGGUGGCCACCGUUUUCCAGCCGAGAUCCACGUGGUCCACCUCAGCACCACCUUUGCCACAGUCGAGGAAGCCUUGGGGCGCCCGGGAGGCGUGGCCGUGCUAGCUGCCUUUCUGCAGGAGGGCCCAGAGGAAAACAGCGCCUAUGAGCAGUUGCUGUCCCAUUUGGAAGAAGUCGCGGAGGAAGGCUCAGAGGCUUGGGUCCCAGGCCUGGACGUAUCUGCCCUGCUGCCCUCUGACCUCAGCCGCUACUUCCGAUAUGAGGGGUCUUUGACCACCCCCUCCUGUGCCCAGGGGGUCACCUGGACUGUGUUCAACCAGACAGUGAAGCUGAGUGCCAAGCAGCUCCACACCCUCUCUGACACCCUCUGGGGACCGGAUGACUCUCGGCUGCAGAUGAACUUCCGAGCCACGCAGCCUUUGAACGGGCGUGUGAUUGAGGCUUCCUUCUCUGCUGGAGUGGACGGUCGCCCGAGGACCUUUGAACCAGUCCACCUGAGUUCCUGCUUCAGUGCUGGUAACAUCCUGGCACUGACUUUUGGCCUUCUCUUCGCUGUUACCAGCAUUGCUCUCCUUGUGCAAAUAAGAAGACAACACAAAUGCAUGGCCAAAGGGAAUGCCAGCUACCAGCCAGCAGAGGUCGCCGAGACAGAAGCCUAG